ACAGCGGGUUCGUGGGGCACAAUGGCUAUAAUGUAUUUUUAGCGCUCGCUAUGUUGGGCUGCUAUGUGUGUUGCCUGGCAGCUCUCUGCUUCUAUACAGCCGCGGCUCUGGCUGGGUUUUAUAAGGAGAAGAUAAGCAGCGAGGGUGGAGUUGAUUCCCUGCAUCCCAGCAGCGCUUCUGGGAACUACCGUAGUGCGCUACAUAGCAGCGCCUUUCUCGCCUUCAUCAGGAAAUAUGGCAGGAGAUACAAGGCUGGCAGCCUGAUGUUUCAGGAGAGAUACCAAAUAUUCCUGAAAAGCAUAGAAAGGCAGAAAUAUCUUAACACAACUGCGUUCUCUGCAAACCUUACAAGUGCCGCCCGUUAUGGAAUCAAUCAGUUUUCGGACUUGUCUGCUGAAGAAUUUUUUAAUACUUAUUUGAGAAGCUUCCCAACCAGCAAUUAUACGUCCAAUAAACCUCUCAAGAAUUCUACGCAACAAUAUCUUUUACCUUUGCGGUUUGACUGGAGAGACAAAAAUUUUGUGACACCUGUGAAAAAUCAAUUGAGUUGUGGUGCGUGCUGGGCUUUCAGUGUAGUCGGGGCAGUGGAAUCUGCUUAUGCAAUUAAAGGGCACACAUUGGAAGAGCUCAGUGUACAGCAGGUCAUUGACUGUUCAUAUCUGGAUUCUGGUUGCAACGGAGGAUCCACAGACAGUGCUUUAAAGUGGUUGAAUCAGACAAAGACUAAACUAGUUAGGGCAUCUGAAUACAACUUUAAAGCUCAGACUGGAUUUUGCCAUUAUUUUCCUAAAACCGAUUUUGGUGUUUCAAUAAAUGGAUAUAAAACUCAGGACUUCAGUGGAGGUGAAGAAUCAAUGAUGAAGAAGCUGAUUCACCUUGGUCCAUUGGUCGUUAUAGUCAAUGCUAUAAGCUGGCAGGAUUACCUAGGUGGUAUAAUACAGCACCAUUGCUCCAGCGGAACACCAAACCAUGCAGUUUUAGUAACUGGCUAUGAUAAGACAGGUGACACUCCUUACUGGAUUGUGAAAAACUCUUGGGGAACUUCCUGGGGUGCAGAUGGAUAUGUCUUUAUUAAAAUGGGUGGAAAUAUUUGUGGGAUAGCUGAUUUUGUUGCAGUUCCAUUGAUGUAACUCUGGAUCAUGUGAUCGUCAGACAAAGUUAACCUCUCAGAAUAACACCACUGAUAUUUUUAGUGAAUGACUCUGCUUUAUUUCUUUAUUAUGAAUUUUAAACGACAAUGAAAUCUGAAUUCAAUUUGCGGUGCCAGUGUAUAAGGUGUUUCCUCCACAGUGAGUUCAAUCACUAAGCCUGGGAAAACUUUCUUCGCCAGCACUGGACUGCAAUUCCCUUACUCUCUUGGCAGGUCUUGAGCCUUUGCCUUAGAAUAACAUUUUAUGAUUCCCAAAUUCAUUUGUGUUAAUAUGUAAAAAGAAAUGUGCACUUUAGCACAUGUAUCUGCAUAGUGCUUAAAUGCAUAUGAAAAAAGGGCAGAUUAGUACACAAGUAAUUGCAUUUUUAUAUGAUGUAUAUAAACUCUGUUUUUAAGCAAUGUAAAUAUUCAAAGAUAUUUUGAAUAUUGUAGAUUUAAAGCAGAUGGACCAAGAUGCAUGUCAAUAUACUGCAACCUCGGACUUUUCACGGGAGCAUUAGUUUUACCGGCCCUGUUCAGUGUGACUUGUUAUAUACAAACGUGUUGUUGUUUUAAUUAUAUCAUUUUGUUUAACUGGAUACUAGCUCAGUCUAUCUCUUUCAGGGGAGGACUGAAUCUGCAUUUUUAUGAGAUUAAAAAGUAAAUGUGUUAA